AUGGAUCAUGACUCAGGCAAAGGGAAGCUGGAGAGAGCGCCAAAGUACGACGGGAGCGACUAUUGGACUUGGAGCUUCCGAUUCGAGCAAUGGGCAGAGGCACACGAUCUAUGGGGGUACAUUGAUGGUUCGGAGGAGCGGCCUGUAUCGGAUGAGUUGAUUCGCUUGGUACGGGAGUUCGGCGGCAAGACCGAGUUGGGAAACGCACCUGUUGAUGGCGGAGCAAGAGCGGUCACCCGAGUUCCUGCAGGCACAGCAGCGGCAUACGCACGAGUGAAGGAGUUCUAUCUUCAGCGUAGAUUGUGUAACUGGAUGGGACUCUCUGAGGAACUCUCUUCCUUGAAGAUGAAGGAAGGGGAGGGAGUGGCUGCAUACUGGGCGCGUGCCGAGGACUUGAGGUCCAAGUACUUGGCUGCAGGAGGGAAGGAGGAGGUUGAAGAGUGGAUAAUGAGGGUACGCAAAGGACUACCUCCUCACUUUGAGAUGCUGAAGGUAGUGCUGAACAACCAAUCACCAUCGCUUACUAAGGAUCAGCUGCUUACCUCCUUGAGGAGCGAGGAGAUGCGGAUUGGUGUCGAACCAAGAUCGGAUGGUGUAUCCACUUUUGGAGCGGGUACGAAAGUGGGCAGCAGCGGCAGGGGAAAUUGGGACAAGGGCGGAAAGCAUGGAGGCAGCGGUAGCAGCAGUGGCACCAACUCGGGCAGAAGGGGUCAAGGAAAAGGCAAAGCGGGAGUGCUUGAUUUCCCCUGGGGGUCCAAGGGCAUGGCUCCUCGGGGGUUGUGUCAUGGCUGUUGGGAUGAGGGACAUGCAUGGCAGCGAUGUCCUCAUCGACCUAAGGGAGGCAUUCCGACAUUCUUAAAGCGGGGGGGUCGUGGAUCCAACUGCAAGACACAGGUGGCGGAUGAGGAGGAGCAGGAUGAUAAGGCAGAGGCAGUGGUUGGAGAGGCAGUUGCAGCAGUGGGAGAGGAGCAGUUGCGAGAGGGGUGGUGGAUUGACAGUGGGGCCAGCCACAACUUUACUCCUUAUGCAUCGGAGUUCAAAAGUAAGCUUCAGCCACCAGAGGUUUGGGGAGUUAGAUUGGGAGAUGGACGGGUGGUGAAAGCUAUUGGCAUGGGUGAGGUGCCAUUGGUUGGUGCUGGAGUGCGCACACCGUCACUGGGAGGAGCGGUGUAUGUCCCCAGUCUCAUUGACGACUUCACCAGACGAGUUUGGUCGUUCCCACUCCCCAACAAGGAAUCGGCCAAAGUCGCAAAAGUCCUUCGCCAGUGGCAUAAGGACGUGGAGUUGGAGUGUGGGCGGAAGCUGAAGGCUGUUCGCUUCGACAGGGGUGGCGAGGUCACCCACAGUGCUUUGCCUGCCUCCAUCAUACCAAUGGAGGUGUGGUCCGGCCAGAAGCUGCAUGUGGGCAUGGCUCGGAUUUGUUGUUGCAUGAGGAGUGUCAUGCUGCAUGGGCAUGAGAAGGGUGGCAAGCUUGAUGCACGGGCUGUCAUGUGUGUCUGUGUUGGGGUGGACAUGGAGAGCAAGGGUUGGCGCAUGCUGGACCCUUCUCUCAUGCGCAUUCGCAUUGCUCGGGAUGUUGAUUUUCUUGAGAAUGUGAUGUGGAAGAACUGGGACAAGGCAAAGGGAUUUGGGGAGCUUCUGCAGGAUGCAGCUGCGAUUUCCCAACUCCUCCCUCUUCCACUCUCGCCACCCUCAGCAACGGCUGACGACGUUGAGAUGCCACCUUCAUCACUGCCACCAGCACCGCUGAUUGUGUCGGUGCAGCAGCAGCUAAGUGGCCCCUCGGUCAUUCAGCAGAGAUCCGCUACACAGGCUACUUCCCCUUCCUCCUCCUCUGGUCAGCGCUCUGUCCCUCUCUCUACGGGUGCCCCUACGUCACCGGCGACUACCUCCCCACCACCGGUUAUGGGUUUGCAGGUGUCUGGUAUCCAGUCUGGUACAGGUGGUGAGGAGGUAGGGGGGGAUGCUGGUGUGGUUGAGGGAAUGCUGUGUUUGGCUAGGGAGGUGGAAGGUGUUGCAUUGGCAGGUCAAGGAGGUGCUUGCUCAGAGGUACCAGAUGAAGGAUCUAGACCCUCAAUGGCCCCUCGCGGCCCCCUUCGCGGCCCCGUCGCCGCCCUUCCAGGCCCUUCGCGACCCCUUCGCGGCCCCGUCGCCGCCCCUAUCGGCCCCUUCGCCAACCUUUCCUGCCCCUCGCGGCCCCUUGGCGGCCCCGUCGCCGCCCCUAUCGGCCCCGUCGCCGCCCCUUGCGGCCCCGUCGCCGCCCCUAUCGGCCCCGUCGCCGCCCCUUGCGGCCCCGUCGCUGCCCCUUUCGGCCCUGCCCCGACCCUGUCGCGGCCCCGUCCCGGACCUGCCCCGACCCUGGCCCUGCCCUGA